CCUCCCUGCACAGGACAAUAGAGGCGCGGAGAAGGGAAGGGAAGAGAAGGGGGCAGAGUGGGCAUCUCCGGAUCAGCACUUCUCUGUGCUUCAUCCAGAGCAGUAAACAUGGACGAAUGGCCGCCUCGGGCACUUCUGUGAUGUUGCUGUAAGAAUGCCGCCGCCGCGGAUUUCCCGAUUCUUCGCCUUUUCGCUUCUCUUGUGCGGCGUUUGGCUGAAAUCCGCAGCGCAGAGAGGAGCAGUUGACGUACUGAUUAAAGUACAGAUCUUUGACAACAGUGACCUUUCACCUCAGAAAGAAGCUGCAGUUCAGGUGCAUGGGAACCAAUCCGUCUUGGCAUCUGGCCUCACAGGGGAGGACGGUAUUGUCACAGUUACCUUCUUGUACCGACCAGGAACCUGGGUCAUUGUCUCAGCCUCCAAGCAUGGAUUUGUGACGAACUCCGCCCCUUGGCAUGCCAGUCGCAUCCCCUUGUAUGCUUCAGUGAGCCUUUACCUGCUUCCCCAAAGACCAGCUACAUUGCUUCUCUAUGAUGAUGUGGUGCAGCUCCUGCUUGGUUCUCCAGGUUCCAGAAGUCAUCCAUGGGUACAGCUCCAGAGAAAAGCCAUCGGACCCACAGUCAACGCCUCCCAAGUCACUCUCUCGGCCAUGCUCACCUCCACUAGGAGCCAGUACGAGCUCGGUGGCUUCCCCUAUCCCCUUGGCCUGGAGAACAACAGCACAGGCUUGAACAGUAGCUGGGUAGAGCUGACUGCAGUGGCUGCAGUUUGUGCCACACUCACUGGACCCAAUGGCACAGAGGUGCAGGUCUCAGAACCUAUCCAUGUUUCCGUCCCUCUUCCCUCAGACUCACCACUCAAAUCUGCCACCAGUGUCCCCAUCUGGAGGUUUGAGGACAGGACAGGUCUGUGGGUUAGAAGUGGUGCAGGCUACAUUAAGAAAGAUGGGUCUCACAUGACCUGGAGUUUUGUGGCUUCGCAUUUAGGAUACUGGCUUGCAGCUUUUCCAUCAGCUGGAGGCACAGUGCUGAACUCUGGCCUGAGAGAUAUCACCAUGUACCACACCAUCUUCCUUCUGACAAUUCUGGGUUUUAUGGCCCUACUGGUUCUCAUCUUGCUCUGCUUGUUGCUCUACUAUUGCAGGAGGAGAUGCCUGAAACCCAGGCAACAUCGCCGUAAAACGUAUAUCUCAUCUACUCUGGAGAGCUCCAAAAGGGACCAGGGUACAUCAACUUCUCACCUUAACCUCAUCAGCGGUGGACGUUUGGAGACAGCCUCCUCCACUGGAGAUGGUGUGAAAUCAGACCUGUCCUCUACGAGGGACUUGCACAGCUCACGGGAAGACUUUUUCCGGUGCAAGCAGCGCCAUUCCAAGGGGAACAGCAAACAAGGCGAGAGCUUCCCACUGCAUGUCACCUGUUCCACCAAUACCAACAACUUAGAUCUCCUUCUGCGAGAUAACCACGGCAGGAGUUAUAGUUCAACAGAUGAUUCUGAUGAUCGUAGAAACCAUCGUCAUCCCCAUAAUGCCAAGGACAACCAAGGUUAUACAUCUGAUCCUCCUUCUCCGCCACGGUUGCUCCCAUUUGCUGGUCACUACCAGGAGCAAAGGCGGGAUAGCAAGCCCCCAGAGUACUCCGCCUCUCAGGCUGCAGAUAACUUGAACAGACCUGUCUCCAUGAAUGCACAGCCAGGCCAGCUCAUCUUCUGCCAUUCCAUGGAGCAAAUGAAGGACAGCAUGUACCACAGUGUUGUUCCUACCUUAGUCAUCCCGGCACAUUACAUGCGCCUCUCCACAGAUCUGUCAUCCAUGGAACAGGUUGUGGAGAGGCAGCAGCAGCUGCAGCAUGAUAUGGAGGCCAUUCAGGUGAGCAUGACAUUACCUCACCAGCAGAGUCAACAGCAGCAGGAAGCCAAGCAGCAGACCGAGACAGAAAAAGCCAGCCAGCAGGGAGAGGAGUCACAGGAUCAAAACUGGAGUUCAGAUGCCUCCUCUGGCCCAGUCCACAUCCCUGUGCUGUUCAACGAAUCCACCAUGACACAGAUGAAUGGAGAGCUGAAGGCUCUCACGGAGAAGAAGCUACUGGAACUGGGCGUAAAGCCUCAUCCUUUGGCCUGGUUUGUGUCCCUUGAUGGCCGUGCCAAUUCACUUGUCCGGCACUCCUACAUUGAGCUGGGCAAUGAGCCUCUGCGGGCACCCCAGGAGCACCAUGCAGAGACAUACCCUGGGAACUCAGGAAGGUCCUCCCAGAGAAAAAGCAAAGAGGAAAGAAAGGCAAAGGAAGUGGGUGAGAGAAAGGCCCAUGGCAAGAUCUACUCUAAGCUCCCAGUCAUUGACACCACCCACCCCAGCACCAGCAGUGAGAGCCACACAGCCCCCUACUCACCAGAGGAUGGCUCCAUGGCACCACUACUUGAUGACACUCCAGAGUCCCGGGGUGGAACAUUUCCACGUAAAAGACGCAGCCGAGACUACAGUGCCCACAGUAGUAUCACAGAAGACCGCAGAGAUUUGGGGACCAGUCCAGAUGAUGAUGACAAUGAUGGAGAUGACAAGGACGAUGAAGGCGAGAAUAAGAAGAGCCCGUGGCAGAGGCGUGAAGAGAGACCGCUCAUGGUGUUCAAUGUCAAGUAGUCCCCACAAGCAUAAAUUUGUUCUAUCAUGAACUCUGCCAGUUUCCUUGUCUGGCACUUCUACAUUAAGUAGGGCAACAUGAUAUUGCAGUCAAUGAUCAUAAUGGUACCUUGUCUGCACCUUUGCCUCUCAUUGUGAGACUCUUGACUCACUCGUGGACAAAAAACAUGGAGGUGCCAUUGCUUUCCUUUGGACCAGUUUACAGAAAAAUUAGUCAGAUGUGGUUCACCACCAGUAGAGACAAUAUGAUUUUAACAGUGACUUGUCUCUGCUUGCCAGCUAGUACUUAAGGCUCAUAUUCUCUUGAAUGUCCUGCAGGUGGAGUAUUUUCUAGGAUGUGAACACCACUAAACCAGACUUUGGUAUUUUUUAAGCCUAGUCUUUCUUGAAAUAAUUCGGUGUGGUUAAAUUUAAAUGUCACUACCCUGAGGACAAUGUUUCUUCUUCUACCAGUAAAUGCUUCACUCUACUGGGAAUGACUAUGAGCCAUUUUUAAACUGACAUUGGGACAUAAUCCAUGGGCCUUAAAGAAUUUCUCAAAAGAGAAUGAACACCCAAAAAUUAUGAAAUGUUGAAAAGACAUAUGGAGUGAAUUGUGGUCCAUAGGUCCAAAGGUCUGGUGGUUUCUUUUUUUUCUCAAUCUGUUCAGGCUUUCAUGAAGGUUUGGAUUUCAUAUAAUUGGUAAUAAAAUAGAGAUGUGUGUUGUGUGUGUCUGAAUCAAACCCUCACAAAAGGGAGUGAAAUAUUGCUGGGUUAAUGUGUUUACUCUCCUUCUCAUUUAAUGCCCCUGAAUUUGCCCCUUUAGAAUUUGUCCUUUUAACCUGAUCUGUGUAAGCAAUUUUACAAUUCUUGAAGGCUUUCGUUUUUUGCAGCUUUACUGACUGUGUUAUUCUCUGACAUCCAACUGAAUCCAUAGGAGAUGCCCUGAGUCUCAUAGAAAAAAGAUUUCUCAAUUUCUUUUGAUGAUUAACAGUUCUAGCUUCCUAAAGGGUUCUACUUAGGGAAAGGCAACCCCUUUGUUGCAGGACUAUAUAUUGAUCUUUUUGGUGGAUAGUGCUGCUCCAUUUGCAUUGUGCGGCAAAAAAUGGUUUGGUGUACUGCAGCAAAAGUUCAAUGAAGUUGAACUUCAUGCAAAUAAUUGUGGCCAACAUAAUGUAUUUGGCCAACCAGGGGAAGACUUUUCAUUUGCCAUAACCAAAUCCAAAUAAAUGCCAGAGAAAUGCCAAGGACAAACAGAGAGAAGCCAUGCAGCAGCAUGUGACCAGAAAACGUGGACAUGUAGUGUUAGGGGGACAAACCAAAACACUUCAGCAUGCUAGAUGGAACCUUGUUGUCUAAGAGUUUAAUUGGCAGACUUUUACUUUAUAUGUGCUGGCUAGGAAAUCAAAAGAAUACUAAUACAGACUGUGACGCCAGCUGUAUUUCAUCCAUGGUCUAAUAGAGCCCCAAACAGACUUUAUAUAUACAACAGCCUUGUUCAUUUCUAUCACUGAAAUGCUGAAAUAUAUACCAGCUUAUUUUCCCAGAGGAUAUGUGACAUUUAUUGGCAGUUUUGAUAAAGCUGUAAAAUAAAAAAGGCUAAAGCUGCACUUAAUCAUUUUAAUCAUCAGCUUCUCUUUUUCCCCCUCAAAAUUCCCUUCCUGGCAUAGUGUGAAGUUGGUCCAAAUCAACUAUAGACCAGCUUGUACCUGGCUGUGGUUCUUGCACUUGGCAUCAAAAGACACUUGUAAUGCACAACUAGGCUUCUUCACUUGUCAAGAAGUGUUCUCCCAGUUUUUCAAUUUGGAAUGGUGAUGCAUGAAUGAAUUUACACUAGAGGAAGUUUAUCAGGUAUUUUUUUAACAUGUUUAAGUAUUGCUUAGUCAAGCGUGCUUACUAAACUUUGUGAACCACUUGUUUAAUAGCACUGUAGUAAACUUACAGUUUUACUUUGGCCUCAUGUUUUAUUUUGUCUGUUUCCUGAUCAUGACAUUAUCUUACUUUCAAGAUGUACUUAUCUCUUAAGUGUUUCAAAUAAUUGAAAUCAUUGUGUUAAACGAUUUUGAUUUUUUUUUGUUUGUUUUUAAAUAGCACUAUUUUUAGAAUAUAAAUCAGUAAGUCCUACCCUUAGCAUGCCAAAGUUCAUACUAAAUGAAGUACAAAUGAUGUACUAACAUCCUGUCAGCUUUCCUGUCACAUUCAGUCUCUCUUGUUGCCUCUAAAGUGCCUUUCUGUGUCAGACUCAGCCCCAGCCUUGUUGAGUUCACAUAAUUAUGUGUUAUUCAAAAUGACAAUCUGACAAACAGGGCCAGUUUUCCACAUACAAAUAAGGCAAGACUUUCUGCACUGUCAUUAUUUUUGCUUCAGCAAGGCAUAUCCUGUGUCUAAUAAACCAGCCUGAAGAUA